GCAGUGACGUCAGUUCCAGAAGUGAGUUAAGAAACGUGGCCUUAGUGAAGAGACUGGGACGGAUCCAGAGCACGAAUUGAGACAGGGGAAGAAUCUCGUAACGCGAAUAAACUGUAGCACCUGAGAAACACACGCAGAAAUGGCCGAAGUUGACCAGGGAUCGGCUUUCCCCGGCGAGGCUGCAUCGCCAGCGAUUGACAGCCUCAAUGCCACCGACUCGAACGGUACCGACUCGACUAACGCAACGGUAGCCAAGUUCGUCUCCACACCGGAGGGUACAGCGUUGGCUUACGGGAGUCUGGUCUUAAUGGCCCUGCUGCCUAUUUUUUUUGGAGCUCUUCGAUCUGUCAUCUGCGCAAAAGGCAAGAACUCCUCGGAUAUGCCGGAGACGAUUACAAGCCGUGAUGCUGCCAGGUUCCCCAUCAUUGCCAGCUGCACCCUCUUUGGAUUGUACCUCUUCUUCAAAAUAUUUUCUGAAGAAUACAUAAACAUGCUGUUAUCGAUGUACUUCUUUGUGCUGGGUAUUUUAGCACUGUCACACACUAUCAGUCCAUUCGUGAACAGACUGUUUCCUGAAAAUUUUCCCAAUAAGCAGUACCAGCUGCUGUUUACCCAGGGAUCUGGGGAAAACAAAGAGGAAAUUGUCAAUUAUGAAUUUGACACCAAAGACCUUUUGUGCCUUUGCUUCAGUAGUGUGGUUGGAGUUUGGUACAUUCUCAAGAAGCACUGGAUUGCCAACAAUCUCUUCGGUUUGGCUUUUGCUCUGAAUGGAGUUGAGCUGCUGCAUCUCAACAAUGUGAGCACUGGCUGCAUCCUAUUGGGAGGACUCUUUGUCUAUGAUGUGUUCUGGGUAUUUGGGACCAAUGUUAUGGUGACUGUGGCCAAGUCCUUUGAAGCCCCAAUUAAACUGGUUUUCCCUCAAGAUAUUUUGGAGAAGGGGCUUGCAGCCAAUAACUUUGCUAUGCUGGGACUCGGAGAUAUCGUUAUUCCAGGUAUCUUUAUUGCUUUGCUCCUGCGUUUUGAUGUCAGCUUGAAUAAGAAUUCCCGUACCUAUUUUUACACUGGUUUCCUUGCCUAUAUCUUUGGACUGGGUCUGACUAUCUUUGUCAUGCACACCUUUAAACACGCCCAGCCUGCCCUUCUAUACCUGGUCCCAGCCUGUACUGGGCUGCCUUUCUUUGUUGCUCUAGUUAAGGGAGAACUGACUGAAAUGUUCAGCUAUGAGUCUUCUGCUGUGGUCUUGCCGCACACUCCAAGGCUCACCCACUUCCCCACUGUCUCCGGCUCUCCUGCCAGUCUCGCUAACUCUAUGCAGCAAAAACCCUCCUCUCCCCGCCGCCGGCACCACAGCCCCACCUCUAUGUAGCGGCCAGAAAAGUGCCAGACGUAUUUCGCUGGUCAGGUAUGAAGAAACCCCUCCUGAAUCCAAGGAGGAAAAAGAGACCGAGAAGAAAGAGAACUAAUUGUCCCCACAAAACUUCAGCGCCUGCCAGUUUCACACCCCUUUCUGAUGGUCCAUUAUUUCUGUUGCGGAUGUGUUUUUGUUGUACAAGGAAACUACAAAUAUAUAUUUAAAUUUAAAUACCUGUAUUUCAUCAGAUAUUUUGUAGCAUUUGUGUAUUUUUGUUUUUUUUGUAACAUUGUGCAAGAGUGCCUGUGUAUUCCUUUUUUAUUUAAAUGUAUUCUGUCUAGCCUGGUCAUUUGAUGGGUUGUGACAUUUUUACAAAGGCCAGAAUUAUUUUUAUUUUUUUCCCUCCUGAAAUACAGAAUGUAAUUUCCUUGUUUACCAAAGACUGCAAGGAAGACAAACCUUUUUUUUAGCUUAUUUUAUACACAUUGUAAAAAUCUAACUUCUUAUGGUAAAUGUUCAGUACACCGAACAUUUUACAUUUGAAAUUGAACGCGCUACCGUCAGCCAGAGAGAGAGAGAGCCCUUGGGUACGGAUGUACAGAGCACUGACCAUUCAGUAAUUCGGGGUCCUAAAUAUUGGUCUCAUAUUUUGUAUGUUUUUAUGGUCUUAUGUAAAGCAAAUAAUGCGUUUCACAGCUAAAUCUCGUGUUCUCUUAAACUUGGUCCCAGGACUGAGGAGGCUACAGCAUUGCCCUAGAAUUAUUAGGGUUUCAUUCUUAGUAGACUGAUGGAUUAUUAAUCCUUCUCAUUGGAAGUGCAUAUUAAAGCGAGAGAUUUUAUAUAUAACUAGUAACUUUUUUUAUAUCUAUAACUAGUAACUGAUGAUUCCGUUAGCGUUAUCAGUGUUAUUGUUUAGAUAAUAUUUAUGUAUUUCAAACAGUAGUUGAAAGAAAGGGAAUACAGAUGAUUGUUGUAUAGCGGACCAAUAGGUAGAACAUUGAGAAUAAGAUGAAAAAAGUCAGCUUUACUAGUUUAAGCACCAAAUGACAAACCUUUUUAUUCUUCUGUUGUGUUUGAUGUAGUGUUUAUAGAGCCUUUUAAUGUGUUUUCCACUGUUGAAUAGCACAAACAGAGUUUAUGUAAUGUCAUUUUAAACAGCAUAGCUUUGUAAAUUAAUUCUCUGAAUGACUUGUAUAUUUGAAGAAUAGAUUCUGAAAUCUAUGCCUCUGGUGUUUUAAUAUACGCAAAAAUCACCUUACCACUUAUAUUUUUGUAAGAAUAGCCGUUCCAAUGUAUUUUACUUUUAAAUCGUAAUAGACAUUUUUAAUAUAUAGAUCCAUCCUUGCUCUAACCAGGCAGAAGUUAACCUUCCUAGCUAUUCUGUUCUAUUUUAAUCUGCUUUCCAAUCAAUUGUAAUCCUAAAAUCUUUGCACGAUUACCUGUAACUAAUAUCUGCACGAUUACCUGUAAUCAACAUUGUGUGAAUGUAGAUCCUAGCAUGGAUACAACUUGCACAUAUGGCAAGGUUUUCUGGGCAUUCUAGGGAAAACAAAGGAGAGCAGGUGUUUUUAAACAGGAAUCGAACGUUAAAGCCAUGAUUGUUCAACACCAGCAAAAACAACUUUAGAUGAGGGAUGUCUACAUGUGUAGAAAAGGGAGCUAUAUUGUGCACCUGUAAUUGUUUGUCUCCUUUCAACCAUUGUAAGCAUUGUGAAAAAGAUAAAAAGAAUUAAGAUUCUGGCCUUUUUAAAAAAUAUAUUUUAGUGGCAAUGGAUUUUUUUAAAAUAUAUAAACACACAUGCUUUGCUUUAUGUGCAUUCUUAAGUAUUUUCAUUUAAGUAUUCCCAUGUUGCUGUCUUUUCUUUUGUAGAACUGCAAAUUCAGGCUAGCUUCUCUUUGGAGGAGCGGUUAUAUUUUGCAAUAAAUUGUGGUGUACAUCACUGUAGAGAUGCAUAAUA